AUGCAUUUGAUUUCGUCAGUCGUCGUUGUUAUUUUCAGCAACUUUCAGCUAGGCAAGGCCACCUUCGGGACUGCUGGAGAGACCGUGCUUGCAGUCGACACGGACCUACCGUCGUUCGGCGAUCUCUUCGAGGGGGAGAGCCGAUCGAUACUCAAGAAAGAGAGCCAAGCCGUGCUCGAUGAGCUGUUGGUCGAAUUCGAGAAGUUAGGCGGUGAAUUAGAAGCGGAAGAAUCCGCAUUAGAUUCGGAGACCGAUCGUCUCGUUGACGCUCCCGAGCAAAAGCCGCAGGUCAGCGUCGAGCCAGGAAGGCCCCACUAA